CAAGUCUCACAGCUUCAUACCGGUCGAUGAAGCUGUUGAAACCUACAAGGAUCAGGUUAAAUCAUCCAUACAAUCACUGACAACAAAUAAAUCUGCCAUCCAGGAAAUGGAAGAGCAACAGAAGCAGAAGAUUUCCCAAGUCCGGGAGCAGUCACAAAGCCUCAAGUUUCACGUCACAUCUCAGUUUGUUGAACUGCGCCAGAUUCUCGUGAAGAAAGAGCAGCGCAUUCUCGGAGAGAUCAAGGAGGAUGAGGAGAAGAUUCUAAGUCAAAUGGAGAAAAACCUUCAAGACAUUCAAGAGAAUUUAAACUUUAUUGAGGAGGAACUCUCAAAUCUGCAGGGGCGAAUGGAACAAACAGACAUCGUGUUAUUUCUGAAGGAGGAAGCUGGUCGCAAGAGCAGAAUUAGUGAUGAGUCCCAGACAUUGUCACUGAGAGAUGGCGCCAUAUUGGAUGAAAGAUUUGAUCACCCCUUCUGGUUGAACGCAGUGAUGAGAGAUAUCUUUGUUGCCAAUCAACAAGGUAAAACAUAUGGAUUCCUCACUUCUUGUGUGGGUGACAUAUUUAAGUUGUAAAUAGAUGCAAAGAUUGACCGUAAUGAUGAACUGAAGGGGAACUAAAGUUUUAUACCAGCA